GUUAUGUGUAAAUCUGAUGGAUUCCCCUCUCCUCUUUAGUUUUGAUGAAAUGGCUAAGUAUGACCUUCCUGCUUCAAUAAAUUUUGUCUUGAACAAAACUGGUCAGGAGAAACUCUUCUACGUUGGUCAUUCUGAAGGCACCACCAUAGGUUUCAUAGCAUUUUCAGCUUUUCCAGAGUUGGCAAAAAAAAUAAACAUGUUUUUUGGAUUGGCACCCGGUAUGACUGGGAACUUUUCAUCUGGUGCUUUGGUCAAACUUGCAGAGCUUCCCGAAUUGCUAUUGAAAGAAAUAUUUGGAACCAAGCAGUUUUUACCCCAGAAUGCGCUUUUAAAAUGGCUUGCUACCCACGUGUGCGACCGUGUUUUACUUGAUGAUCUUUGUGGCAACUUUUUCUUUCUCAUGUGUGGAUUUAAUGAGAAAAACCUAAACAUGAGCCGAAUAGAUGUAUAUUCCACACACUGCCCAGCUGGAACAUCUGUCCAGAAUAUGCUUCAUUGGAUUCAGGUUGUACGGUCUGGGGAAAUGAGAGCAUUUGACUGGGGAAGCAGAAAAGAAAAUAUGGCUCAUUAUAAACAGCCAACACCACCUCCCUACAAAAUGAAAGGAAUGCUUGUUCCAACAGCUAUGUGGACGGGUGGCCAUGACUGGCUGGCAGACCCAAAGGACAUUGCCAUCUUAAUGACUAUGAUCCCAAAUUUGAUAUACCACAAGGAGAUCCCAGACUGGGAACAUCUGGAUUUCAUCUGGGGCCUUGACGCCCCCCAGCGCAUGUUCAGAGAUAUGAUUCAGAUGAUGUGGAAAGUUCAGUAUGCCCGUUGAUUACUUGAAGUUGUAAUCCCAAAACACCGAUGCAGUUGUGAAAAGGAAGUCUUGCUGUUUACAUAGGUAAUAAGUAUUAUUCCAACACAAUCCUCCAAAACACACACUCCUUGUUUGCUUAAAAUAUGAAAGAAGCACUUGGUUCUCUAAACACAAAUGAUCCUGGAAGGCAUUACAGAGUAGAUUUCUUGCCUUAAAAUCCUCCUGUGGAUUUUAACGCUGCAUCUCUCCGUAAUAUGGAGAGAAGAAAUAUUUUUAUUCAUUUCAAUAGGAAAAGGCUUGUGAGGCAGUCUUCUUGAAUUGUUGUCCUGGUUUUGGAAACAGAUGCAUGCAUUAUAUUUUCUGGGACAUCUGGAAGACUUGGGUGUUUUAGAGGGAGUGGGCAUGUUAAACGCAACAUCAUGUGUAGCGGAGACUGUUCUCUUGGAAAUAAAUGAUCUUUUAUA